UCCACAUUGGAGUAGCAGAUAGAACAUUCAAGAAACCUAAGAAACCUGACCACCCAGCACCACAAAUUUUCCACAUCCUCAAGGACAACACGUGUUGUUCAAGAACCUGUCAACGCUUCUGUUGUUGCCUCGUGCCUCCAUUUACAACCAUCGCACGUCGUUAAACAUCGAUCGCAAGUCCCUCACUGUCACUGCCCACCGCCAUUGAUAGUCAUGGCUGCCCCAGCGAGCGGUAUACACUGCCCACUCAUACCACUAAUUGUCUCAUCUGACAAGCCUGCUAGGACGACCUCGUGUCUAUUUUAAUAUCAAGAUCGGCGACAGAGACGAGGGCAGAAUUGUGUUUGAACUCUACAACGAUGGUACCUUGCUCCCACCUACGAUCUCUCUGAUAACAGCUAAACCCCCUCCCAGUCGUCCCAAAGACAGCCGAAAACUUCCGUGCGCUCUGUGUCGGUGACAAAGGCAAUAGCAAGUCGGGCAAGCCCUUGAGCUACAAAGGUAUUCAAAACCGCUCUACCGGACCACCAAACCUUCUCCCCUGGUCUUCAGUCGCUGAUGCUGCGCAGGGUCAAUCUUCCAUAGAGUCAUCAAGUCUUUCAUGAUUCAGGGUGGUGAUUUCACAAACUUCAAUGGAACUGGAGGGGAGUCAAUCUAUGGCGAGAAGUUUGACGACGAAAACUUUGAGUUGAAGCAUGAACGUCCAUUCUUACUGUCAAUGGCAAACUCUGGGCCUGGUAUGCACCACCAAGUCCACUACUCUUCCCAAUUUUCCUAACUCUCUAGGCACCAAUGGCUCCCAGUUCUUCGUGACCACUGUCAAAACCCCUCAUCUCGACGGAAAGCAUGUGGUUUUUGGAGAAGUCAUCAAUGGCAAAAACAUUGUUCGAAAGAUCGAAAAUCUUCCUACGCAAUCUGACAAGCCAGUACAUGACGUGGUUGUGUCCGACUGCGGCCAGCUGGAGGGCUCAGCAUAUUCGGCCGCCACAGAGAAGGCUCUCGACUCCACAGGUGAUCCGUAUGAGGACUUUCCUGACGAUCAAGGAGAAGGAUUGAAGGGUGAAGAGUAUUACAAGAUUGGUCUGGACCUCAAGGAAUAUGGAAACAAGGCAUUCAAGGCAGGAGAUGUCGAGGUGGGAAUUGAAAAGUACCAGAAAGCUCUCCGCUACCUCAACGAAUACCCGGCGACCAACGACAACGACCCGAAGGAACUCCAAGGUAAUCUAGAUUCUCUACGAUUCACACUGCACAGCAACUCGGCUCUGCUGGCGAACAAGACCAAGCGAUAUGCCGAGGCUCAGAAGUGGGCGGGCUUUGCCAUUGACGGCAUGCCAAAGGAUGCCAAAGACGCGGACAAGGCCAAGGUGUACUUCCGGCGGGGACAAGCUAGAGUUGCGCUGAAAGAUCUGGAAGCCGGAUUGCAAGACUUUGAACAGGCGGCGAAACUGGCACCCACGGAUGCGGGCAUCAAGCACGAAUUGGCCAAGACCAAGAAGACUUUGCAAGACAGCCUCCGACGGGAGAAGGAGAGCUACAAAAAGUUCUUCAGCUGAAAAGUUUGGACAAGUGGAUGACAGCCUGGUGGGUCAUGGUAACGUGGAAACCCCGAGCGUGGUCCAUCCAAACCACGUAACGCAUGCAUGAGUUGAGCUUGCAUGGAUAGAGUCACCAAGAGCCUAGGCAGCUAGCAGUGAUCGGGUGCUUAGAGACAUGAGCAUGGCGCCAGCGUUAUACCCUGAGGUGGCGAGACAUCAGGGAUCAUUCGACGCCUUAUAAAGAUAUCUUAGAUGGUGUAAUUGCUCAUCCAACCUUGCUCUAUUCUUCCCACCGCUCAAAUGUCUCGCCUGACAACCUCCCACCACCCUGACCAUGCUGAUGUUGUGGGGCCACGGCUUGUUGGUGAUCCUACGGCUGACUUCUCCCAUCCUUGUUCUCACCCCCUGGAGCCAGGUUUUCUGUGCUGGCUCCAACUUUGAGUUCUUCCCUCCAGGUCGUUCGCUCCUGACUAACGACACCCGGGCCGUUGUAAAUACUGCCGUAGUCGCCCGUGGCCCAGGUUCGGCCUUCUUUGGCCUUUGUCGUGUUGGCAUCCUUCCACUUCUUGCGAUACCACUUUCCGUAGAUCAACAAAUAAUAGAGCCG